AUGACCUCAACGAAGCCGAUUAUCACGUUUUCGUGGUUGUUACGAUCCUACAAGAGGCGCAGAUUCAAGUCCGAAUGGGUCGCGUUCGUGUUCACCUGCCUUUUGGCGAGCUGCUCGGCCAGGAACAAUCCACCACGUUUCCUGAUCGACGGCCAAACGGAAAUCAUUCUGAGGCUAAAGGAAGGUCCUGAUACGCCACUUGGCAGUUUAAUUUACAGGCUUCGCGGCGUCGAUCCUGACGGUGACAGCCUGACGUUCGGCGUUAGAGAUCAACCUGGCAGCGACGUGAUUCGGGUCGAGAAUUUUAGUCCGAACGAGGCUAAUAUUUACCUGAACAAAUUGCUAGACAGAGAGGCAAGGGACGAGUACGCGGUGGUGCUGACAUUGACAGACGGCAGACUAGGGGAAGGAAACUUCAUCACGCAAAGCCUGCUGUUGCUUGUGGAAGAUGUGAAUGACAACGUGCCAAUUUUUCGGCCGCAUCCGACUUCCUUGACGCUACGGGAGGAUUCCGGGCCGGGUAUUUUAACAACAGUGGAGGCAACCGAUGCGGACUUAGGUGCGCACGGACAGGUGGUUUACUACCUGCAAGAACUCGACGGGGAUAAUGACAUGUUCACCAUUUCCACCGUAAAUGGGAAAGGUGUCAUCCGGCUUGUCGGUCGACUUGAUUACGAAAGAAAGUAUCUGUAUCAGCUGAGAGUUUUGGCUAUUGAUCGGGCGAUAAACGAGAAGGUAAACACAGGAACAACCGCGAUACUCAUUAAGGUUCAGGACGUUGAGGAUCAACCACCAGAAUUCAUAACCAUGACGCCUGUUGCCAGGAUCAGUGAAAACGCCAGGAUAGGCACGUCGGUGCUUCAAGUUCGCGCGGUGGACGGUGACAAGGGGAUAAACAACAAGGUGACGUACAGCAUCACUCAAGGUCCGAGAUAUUUGUUCGACAUAGACGCGACUUCCGGUUUGGUGUUCACCAGGGCGCAACUCGACCGUGAAGCGGAGGAAAACGCCGAGGGAACGUUUAUUCUGGAAAUUACCGUGAAAGAAGUAUCGAAGAUAGUGCCUCCGCCGUCAGUUUCGACCGAAGUUACGAUUAUUCUGAUGGACGUGAACGACGAGGUCCCAAAAUUUCGAAGCGCGAGAUACCGUGCCGAGAUAAACGAGAACGCACCGUACAACACCGCGGUUAACUUCAUCGGUGAUGCGAUACCGGAAGUUUACGAUCACGACUUGGGAACAAAUGGUACGUUCAGAAUGUUCAUCGAUGGUGACGAUGGGAUAUUCGACGUGACACCAUCGAGAGGAAUCAAUGAAUCCCCGUUUUUAAUACGAGUUAAAAACUCCAGCAAACUUGAUUUCGAAACCAGAUCAGUGGUAAACUUCACGUUAAUCGCUAAAGAAGUAGUCACAGUAGCACCGAAAUACACCAAAGUGCCGGUGGUUGUUUUCAUAAAAGAUCAGAACGAUAAUUAUCCAGAAUUUAUCGAAGACAGAUACGAGGUGUCGAUUUUGGAAAAUUGCGCUGUUGGAACUACGGUAGCGUGGAUUCAAGCGUUAGACGAGGACAGUGGUAAUUUUGGAACACACGGCAUAAGAUACACGCAUUUAGGAGGCAGUAUUGCACACGCAUUAUCAAUGGAUCCAUUGACAGGCGUAAUUACAGUGAAAGAGCCUGGACCAAGUUUCGAUCGCGAAAUAAUGUCCCGACAUUAUUUCACAGUUGAGGCAAGAGAUGAUCUUGGUAAAGGUAAUCGUAAUACUGUCCAGUUAAUAGUGAACGUGAACGACGUGAACGACAACGCUCCUGUAUUUCUACAAAACAAAUAUGAAGCUGUGCUUCUGGAACACGAGGACCACUUUGAAUCGCCGUUGAUCGUUGAAGCAUUCGACAUAGAUUUAAAUGGUACCAAGAAUAGCCAGGUGGUGUACGCUUUAGUGUCGGGUGAAUUUUCUCGAAAUUUUAGCAUCGAUUCGAAACGAGGUGUUAUCACCCCGACAACGCCAUUGGACUACGAGGCAUUGCCUAUCAGUCAAGGACAUAAGGAAACAUCGGUACGUCCAUUGCGAUUGACAGUGCGUGCUAGAGAUAUGGGCACGCCGAGUUUGAGCUCGGACGCUCCGUUAAUUAUUUAUUUGAAAGACAUCAAUGAUAACACGCCCGCAUUCGAGAGGACGUUGUACAAGAGAAGCAUUCCUGAAGAUUUGCCCGGUGGCACCAGCGUAGUUCAGGUCAAAGCUUGGGACAAAGAUUUAUCCUCGCCUAACAAUAAGUUAGUUUAUCGAAUUCAAAGCGGCGCGGGUGACAAAUUCGUGAUUAGCCCGGAAACAGGUGUGAUUAGAGUUGCACCGGGCUCUAACUUAGAUCCAGACCUGACUUCUCCUAAAACUACACGGUACAGCUUGAACGUGAUCGCGAUUGAUAGCGGAACGGAGGUUCAAAGGACCGCUGAAGUUCUCGUCAAUAUUACUAUUGUGGACGUGAACAAUAAACCACCCGUUUUCAUCGAUCCUGAGACAGUAACCAUUCGUGAAAAUACACAGGUUGGAGCGUACGUGCACCGUGUUGUGGCUAAUGAUCCAGACAUAGCACCGAUAUUACGUUAUCGUAUCGAUCCGAAUUCUUCCGAGGCAAGAAACGAGGAAGGAACAUUAAUUAAGAUCCAAGAAUAUGAUUACCUGUCCGCUUUGGAGUUAAACGCGCUGGACGGUUUGCUUCGGGUAGUUAAAUUGCUAGACAGAGAAAGGGUGGAAACGAUAAGAUUGGGCCUUGUUGUUGAAGAUUUGGCUGCUGUUAGGGGAAUACAAACUGCAUCCGCUACGCUGAACAUAAUAAUCGAGGACGAGAACGAUAACAAUCCGAGAUUUCGGAGACCAUUUUACAGACGAUCCGUGACAGAGAACAGCAAAAAUGGCGUUAAUAUUGCGAACAUAGUGGCUGAUGAUGUAGAUAAAAAUCGGAGCAUUACGUACUCGUUGGAAAGUCCGAAAGAACUGACGGAUUUGGUACAUCUUGAUUCGGAAACGGGCGAAAUGGUCGUAGCGAAUAAAAUCGAUAGGGAACAAUAUUCCUGGCUGAAUCUGACUGUUCGAGCCACUGACUCGGGCAUUCCGCCUAGGUCCAGUCUUUCUGAAAUAUACGUUCAAGUAUUGGACGAAAAUGACAAUAAUCCAUACUUCGUCACUGAUAUUGGUAACUUAACUGUGAUGGAAAAUGCUAAGGUUGGUACGGAAGUUGCUACCAUUCAAGCGAAAGAUCCUGACAGCGGAGAUUAUGGGAAAAUUACGUAUCUGUUAGAUAGAAUGUCAUCUCAGGGAACGUUUGCCAUCCAUCCUGAGACUGGUGCUUUAACAGUAGCAGAUUCAAUCGACUGGGAAACCAAACAAAGCUACGUUCUAGUCAUAGAAGCUUGGGAUAAUUACCAAUUUGGUUACACAGCUGGUGAAUCGAGAAACGCGUUUAAGCAAAUUCAAGUUAUAGUGUCAGAUGUAAAUGACAAUCCUCCGAAAAUGGACACACCUUCAACAUGCGUUACAAUAUCAGAAUUCCACGAUGCCAAAGAUAUAAUUUACGUGAUCAAAGUAAAGGAUACGGAUGAUCCAGCAACACCAAACGGUCGCGUCAGAAUUAGGACUCUUUCUGGGAAUGAAUUAGGUUUGUUCAUCCUGGAGCAGACGGAUUAUUGGACAGCGAAUAUAAAAGCGGCUCAUUCGCUUCGAGGGAAAUUCGGUAAUUACUCGUUGCAUUUAGAGGCGCGAGAUCUUGGUAGUCCUCCGAAUAAAGAUACCUCAGUUCUAAAUAUCUGCGUAACUGAUUACAACGACAAUCCACCGGUGUUUAUCAGCCCGCAGCAUAAUACAACUAUUCGAGUACCAGAGAAUGUGACAGUUGGGACGCCGAUUAUACAAAUUGAAGCCAAAGAUGUUGAUACUGGUCCAAACGGCGACGUGCACUAUCGUUUGAAGCAAGAUUUGGGUGGCCAUUGGAGGACCUUUCAUAUCGACGAUACAACCGGAGUUAUCUCGUUGAAACUUCCGUUAGACAGAGAAACGCAAAAAUUAUACGAGAUCAGAGUGGAAGCAUACGAUCUUGGAACUCCGACAUCGCUCAGUUCAGACCUAGAUUUGAUCAUUUACGUUCGAAACAUCAACGAUUACGAGCCACAAUUUUUAGUCGACAUUUUCAACAUCAACUUCACGGAAGAGCAACUUCCUGGAUCUGAAACAAUACUGUUGCCCGAAACGAUCGACAGAGACGAAGUCGACGAUCUCGACGAUCCUCCCACUCAAGUCUGUUACUUCAUAAUUGGCGGGAACGACGAUGGCCUCUUCAUCCUCGAUAUUUUUAAGCACGAGCUGAGCACUGCCAAAACGUUAGACAGGGAGCAACAAGAGCAGCAUCUGUUGAUUGUGAAGGCGACGGAAGACUGUAAUACUGUUCCAACGAAUGAGAGAGCGAAUGAAACAUUUUUCGACGAAACGAACGACACUAUGCUGAAAGUGAUUAUAGAUGUAGUUGAUAUAAACGACAAUCCACCGAAGUUUGUUAGCAAAAUAUUCACAGGAGGAGUUACAACGGAAGCUGAUUUUGGCACUCAGUUUAUGCAAGUAGAGGCGAUUGACUUGGAUGCAGGCGACAAUGCUAUAGUCAAUUAUUAUCAAAUAGGUAAAAUGCAUAUGACAUUAACGGAGGGUUUAGACGACAUUGAGUUACAACCUUUCUUAGUUAACAAACUCACUGGAGUAGUGAGUUUAAAUUUUGAUCCUCAAAGGGGCAUGAAAGGAUACUUUGACUUUAUGGUAUUAGCCAAUGACACACACGGUUUGCAAGAUACAGCCAGAGUAUUUAUUUACUUACUACGCGAGGAUCAAAGAGUUCGUUUUGUACUGCGACAGCAUCCACCGGAAGUCCGCAACAGAAUAGAAACGUUCAGGGAGACACUGGGCAACGUGACAGGAGCGAUAGUGAACAUCGACGAGUAUAAAAUCCACGAGAACCACGACGGUUCCGUCGAUCGAACAAAAACUGACCUGUACAUACAUCUUGUAAAUCGCCGCGACAAUUCCAUUCUUGAGGUAUCGGAAGUUCUGAAAUUGGUGGACAGAAAUAUAGAGAAGCUCGAUAAUUUGUUCAAAGAAUUUAACGUUCUCGACACGCAAGCGGCGCAGUAUCAGCCAAUUGUUCAGUACGAGCAAGCAGGGACGACGUUUUGGCUUUUGACUUUGACCUUGUUUCUGGGUGCUCUGCUAAUUCUCUGCAUAGCCCUGUGUCUUUCGCAAAGAGCUUCGUUUCGGAGGCAAUUGAAAGCAGCGAACGCCUCUUCCUUUGGUACAUCAGACGCAGAGUUUAUCAGAGGUCCUGGACGCGUUCCCAACACAAACAAGCAUAGCGUAGAGGGUUCUAAUCCCAUAUGGAUGCAUGCUUACGAAAACGAAUGGUUCAAAAGUGACGAGUCGAUCAGUCACACAUCCGAGAGGGAUUCUCUCGAUGAAAAUGCACUGAACAACGAAGAAAUGAUGAACGAAGUCAAUGCAGACCAAAGAAACGACGAUAAACCGUAUUUUAUUGAGCCAAGAGUGUCUUCCAUUUCAAGAAUGUCCUUUGCAGGAGAAUGGUGCAAAGUGUGGAUUUAUUUCGGGUUCGUUUUUGCGUGGACGAAGGGUGCUCGUCCACGUUUUGAUACCUCAACGGAUAUGGGGUUAGUUCUGGUUCCAGCGGAUGCAGAAGUAGAUUCAGUCAUAUUCCGACUUCGCGCGACUGAUCAGGAUGCAGAUUUUCCACUAGUUUUUGAAAUAACCGCUACGAUCACACCUGUUGUAAGGAUCGACAAUCUACCGUGCACAUUGUACAACAAAGUAUGCCAGGCUAAUGUGAUUCUAACGAAACGACUAGUUCCUGGUCGUCUUCACGAUUUCGCCGUGAGGGUUAGGGACACGAAGGGUGACUCGAACUCGAUGCAAGCUACUAUUUCUGUUACAAACGCCACCACCCCACGUGAUAAAAUAUUCCCACAUAUACCUUCUCUCAUAAUGGUACCAGAGGAUACCAAACCAGGCAAAGAAUUAGACUAUCUUCUGGUAAGAGCUAAUUCUUGGAGUGGCAAACCUGUUUAUAUUGAACUCUGGCAACCGAAAGAACUUUUCACUAUAAGACAACGGCAAACGCCUACUCAAACGCGAGGAGUAAUUACCCUAAUUGGUGAACUAGACUUUGAAACACAGUCUAUGUACACUCUCACUAUGUACGCCACGGAUCCGUAUACAGAACCUGGAAAGGAUACAAGAAAUAUCGCUGGUUUAAGCGUAGUUGUGGUAGUUCAAGAUGUUCAAGAUGUUCCUCCUAUCUUUACGUUGGCACCGCCCUUAACGAGGAUUAAUAAUUCUGUACAAUCUGGUGAUAUAGUGCUACGAGUGCAUGCAGAAGACGGAGAUAAAGGAGUGCCACGUGAAAUCGUGUACGGUCUCGUGUCUGAAGGCAAUCCUUUUACACCGUUUUUUAACAUCUCGGAAACAAGUGGUGAAAUCACACUUGCUAGACCUUUGGAGGAGCUUACGCAAAUUACGCAUGUGGGAGCACCAGUUGUACUUACCGUUGUUGCUGAAGAAAUACGAAGAAGCAGAGAGGAGCCUCCAGCUCAAGCAACAGUUGUUGACGUUGGAUUUCUUCUUGGGGAGCCCGGAAACAGUCCACCGUACUUCGAGAGCGAUAACUAUGCUGCCACGAUCGAUGAAAAUCUGGAACCGGGAACUGUGAUAAACUUUGGUGAACAAUAUUCGACCAAAGUGAAGGACGAAGAUAUUGGAAAAGCUGGUGUUUUUGCGUUGAAGUUGGAAAAUAACAACGGUACCUUUGAAAUCAAUCCAACAGUUGCGGAACGCACUGCAGACUUCAUUAUUACCGUCCGAGACAAUACUCUCAUUGAUUAUGAACUAUACAAAGUUAUAUCUUUCAAGAUUGUGGCACAAGAAGUUGGUCCAGCAACGAACCUAUCGGCAUCAGUGCCAGUUACUAUAUUUUUAAGAGACGUUAACGAUAAUCCACCGGUAUUCGAAGAUGAACUCUACGAAGUAACGUUGUCUGAAAAUGUGACUGCGGGGUCACGUGUGAUUCAGGUGCACGCAACUGAUAAGGACACAGGUGCUUAUGGCAGUAUUCAGUAUACCAGUAUAACAGGAGAAGGGAGCGAAGCUUUCAGUAUGGACUCUCGUACAGGGUUGAUAACUGUCGCUAUGGGCUCUUCCUUGGACCGUGAAACUGCAGCAAAACUUGUAUUGUCCGUUGAAGCUAGAGACGAGAAUGGGAACGGUAACAGCGGAGUUGUUUCGUUGAUAGUUCAUUUACUGGACGUUAAUGAUAACGCGCCUAUAUUCGAAAAGGAUAUCUACGAAUUUAUGUUGAACACUGAUUUAACGAAUUUCACGUCACCUGCUUAUAUAAAGGCUACCGAUGCCGACGCAGAGCCGCCCAACAAUAUAAUUCGCUACGAAAUAGUCCACGGGAACUACGAGAAUAAAUUUUACUUAAACGAAACAAGCGGUGAACUAAUUCUUCAAUCUCCCGUAACAAAGAUCAGGCGAAAGAAACAAAGUGCCUACGACAAGAUCUCUAAGAAAGCUGGAAAAGAGUUUGUUGGAAGUCAAGGGAAAAUUCAACACGUGGACAAUGACGAAUCAUCGGUGAAUAAUGGAAACAAAAUUAAUUCAACGAACGUUCCUAAAGAAGUGACAACAGAAGUGAUGACCAAACGACGAAAACGAGCUAACGAAGACUCGUUGUACACCCUCACUGCCAGAGCAUACGAUUUAGGUGUUCCGCAUCUUUCAAGCGUAACAGAAAUUCGAGUCAUCAGUGGUGUCGCAAUGGAAGCUCGCAUAAUGAUGUUCGUAGUGCCAGGAGAGCAUCCAGAUUCGAAGAAGACUGCUGAAACUUUGGCUGCCAUUACUGGUGGCCGAGUUACCGUGUUAGAAACUCGUCCUUAUAUUCAACAAAAUCACACUGGAAGUACAGGCACACUUCCAGGUGGAGGCAAGAAGAGCAUUGUUGUGGCACGUAUCGAGCAAACAGAACCAGGCACGUCUUUAGUAGACAUCGAAAAGAUCCGAGAAACCUUAGCUGCUAAUGGCUUAGGAAUCAUCAGUGGUUCAGAUACAAUUAUGAAUACAACGAUACGUGUGAACGAUACGAAAGCUUCUGUCAAUGGAAUACCCCGUCAAACUAACACCAACGAAGUUCAAACGACUAUUAUUAACAAUACUAUCACUACUGUACAAAACGAAGAAGUGACGGUGUACAAAGCAGAGAACAAAUUGUUAUUCUGGCUUCUGAUCAUUUUGGGUUUGCUUAUGCUUUUGGCAAUUGCCGCGUUGAUUAUUUGCUGCAUCUGUCCCGGAUGCCCAUUUUACAUGUCACCGCGAAAAAGGCGGGUGCAUUCUUCGGAAAUAUUAGUCGUGCGACCAGAUGGAAGACCGAAACGACACCUUCAUCGGCAGCCUGCAGCAGCUAUUCAGGUAUCGUGGAAUGGAAGAAAGCAAGCAUGGAGUGCUGACCCAACAAGAAGAAACUGGCAGUUUAAUAAAAGAAACGUCAAAAAUUGUUCGCUUCCUGGUGACGUAGCUUACAUUUCCGGUCAACCAAACGACGUUCACAUGAACGUCGAAGCUCAGAGAUUACGAGACGUGCCCUCUUACGGUCCCUCGAGAAGAGACAGAAUGAACGAGCAAGAAAGAAUGUACAUGGAAGAUGUCGAAGGGCAAAAGGCGAGAGGCUACGAUACCGCAGAAAUGGAUUCUUUACAACGACACGAAAUGGACAGAGGUUCAGACUUGCAGCGUCAAGCUUAUAGGCAAAGAUACAUCGAAGCCGACAUGAACGAAGAAACGACCGUAAGAGAGCAACACUACUUCCACGAGGGAAACGCCGAAGUGUUACGAUUGGUAACCCGAGGACAAGUGGAAGACACGGCGACGAGUCACCCGCACCAUCACCACCGUCCUACAACCUUGAUCGUAGACGGUAAGGACAUAAUUCUGCAACGAUUCAUCGAAGAUCAGAAGUCAAGGCACGAGUUGUCGAUGCAGGACAUCGAAGCAGCUCGUAGCAUGGAAUCGCAUCAACGAUCCAAAGAGAUCUGCCAGCAGCAGCAACAGCAACAACCUCCACCAGAGAUCAUUCUCAUACCAGACAGACUGGAACUUGGUCACAGACAGCACAUCGAGGAGAUAGGUCCGAACGUACAAAGACUCGUGAUAGAUCACGGCGACUAUCAAUCGCAGAAACUGGAAAAAGAGUCUCAAAUGAGGGAGAUCCUGAGACACGAGAAACAAGAAACCGCUGUAAUCGAGCCGCCAAUCGUUACCAAAGAGCACCGCGUUCAAUCGAACAACGCUCAGUACUCCUUUCACGACUUGGAACUAGCCAGACAGAACGCUCUGCUCACUCGAUUGCUCCUAGAGAGAGAAAACCGACGUGCAGGAGCUGGGGCUGGAAUGGAUUCCACGAGUUACCUGGAAACUCAAAGCCUUCCCGGACAAGUCGCCAUUGCCACUCAAACUGACAGAACGACGGCCACUCAGACGGAACGUCACGUGAGGAGCAGAAGCGACAACGACGAGUCGGACGAGGAGUCGAAGCAGAGGAAGAAGUUGAAGUCUAGGAAGAAGUACGGAGAUGGGGAUUGGAAGAGGUCUAGGACUCUCUGGAUGAAAUCGCCGAUCGAGGAGGAAGGCAGUCCUUGUUUCGACAAAAGACUGAGCAUACUGAGGAAAAAGGUGAGGGAGGUGAAGGAAGGCAGAAAGAUUUCUCUGGAGCCUGAGGUGCUCAGGGAGAUCUCGGACUCUUUGGAUGGGAAUGGGAGCUCGUACAAAGGGGAAGAGGACGAGUCUACGCGGACGUAUCGCAAAUCGACGGAAGAAACGAGUAUCAGUUACAAAAAGACGGAGGAGAAGAACGCGAGAAAGGAGGGAAAAUCGAAGGAGCAGAAGAAGUCGAACGGUAUGAUAAAGCCGAGUUUCCGGAUUCUCGAGAAGGAAUUCACGAUGCUCACGAAGAAACUGAGUAAACUGAGUGAUAAAAAAUUUCACGGAAGCACUGGCAGCGACAGUACGAGCCAGGAGAAGCCGGAAUCGUUUUCGAAGGAUCCGAAGAAAGACGUGGAUCAGAAAAGUACGAAGAAAGUGGACGCUUCUCACAAGCAAGCUGCUGAAAGUGCAGCGAGUGCGUCGAAAAGCGAGCAAAAAGCGAAACUGAAGAAGGAGUCGGCCAUAGCGAAAACGAAGCAGAAAUUGAAAUACCAGCAGACUCAGGUAAUGAGUACCGGAAGUUCGGAGUACGACGAUACUCUCGACAGGCCGAAGAAGCUAACUGGAACUCGUCAAGAAGGCCUGAAACAGAAACAGCCGAUCGGUGCUCAGAGUCACGUGAAGCUGAAACGUCAGGCACAGAUCGAUCGACGAGAAAUUAGGAAGCAAAUGGCUGAACUGCGCGACGAGGAAGCUGAGAAGCGGAAGGAUGGACCGUCGAAGGAAACGCCGAAGACUGAUUUAAAGCUCGAAAGGAUUGGGAAGAUUAUGUCACGAGCGCCUAAGAUGUCCCUCAUAUCUCGUAGGCAAAACGUGACCGAGGAGACGAGCACUAGUUCAGACGAAAAGAAGGAUGGAAAAGGUGUAUCUAUGUUGCAAGACUCUGAGAAGAAGAGUAGCGCAGAUUUUUCAGGGAGAGAUUCGAAUGGCAUGCACCAAUGUCAGGAAGAAACGUUUAAGAAGAAUGUGAUACAGAAAUUUAGCGAUGACUUCGUCGAAGAUUGGAAAGGAGAGAGCUCGAAGUCGAGAACAACUUCUAAUGACGAAGAACGAGAUGCAAAAGUUGAGAAACAGAGGAAAUUUGUUGGCAAAGGUACCGCUGACACGGUACAAUUAUCGAAACAGAAAUUGGAAAGGGCGAAAGACUUGUUUCAGAAAUCUUCGAAAUUUGAGGAGAAAAUUGGUAAUCCUGCAACUCGUCCAGAUCCUGUGCAAGAAUUAGUUAAAGAUUACGCGAAGAUCGACGAUGCUACAAUUAAAAAAGAAAGCUCAAGUGAAAGUAGAAACACUGUGCGAGAUGGAGAAACGAAAAAAAAAGUUAGAUCUCCUGAAAUUGGAUAUAAAAAGGCGGGAAUGCCUGGAAAACGAGAAGAAACUUUGGAUGCAAAGUUAAUCGGCGUCGAAAGUGUAAAACAGAGUGAGAAAACUGAAAUAAAGGAAAACGUGCAGGAAGAUGAAAUAAAAAGUGAAAUUAAGAGAGACGCAGUGCAACAUGUUAAGGAUGAAUCAGAAAUUUAUACAGAAAAAGAUAAAUUAUUAGAGAGUACCAAACACCAGAUUGAAACUAAAUCUGUAAAAGAGGAAAAAGGGCAUAAACAGCAAGAUAAGGAACUGGAUGAGGCGCACAAAGAUUUUGAAGAGAAACCGGAAAGUUUGUUGAAAGAUUUCAAGGGAAAAGUUGCGAUAUUAGAAACGCUUGAGAAAGUACAACCGGAACAUAAAGUUGAACAGAUUGUGACAGAAGAAAAGGAAACGAUUGACACUGAUGUAGAAAAAAAAAUUAAACCUGAUACUGAAGAUAAGAAGGGAAUGAAACAGGAGAUAGAAGUUAAAAUAGAAACACCAAUAGGAGGAAAAAGUAAACUGGAUUUAAUACGAAAGAUAGAAGAACCAAUUGAAAACUGGGCAAAUUUUGAAAUGUCAAGUGAUAAGAAAGAGAUUACAAAAGAAGAUACAGUGGAUGAAUUCAAAGCACGUACAAAGGACGAUGAAAUGCAUCAGAGUGACAAAGAAAAAGAGAAACAAGUAGAAUACGCGGAUAUUCGAAUUGUAGAUGACACAAUUAAAGAUACGAAGGAGGGUGAAACGAAAAUUACAACAAAUGGUCGUGAAAAAGAAAAGAUUGACCCAGAUAAGACAGAAACUCCCCACAGAGAAGGCACUAUUGCAAAAGUUGAAACGAAUGGUCAGAGAAAGGAAGAAAAUGGUUUUUUAGAUAAAUCAGAAAAGUCCACCGAAGAACAAGAAGACAGUGUAACAAUUAAACCUGAUGAUCAAAUUGCAGAAAGUACUUUUUUAGACGGAACAAACAAGAUUGACGAAAAAGAAGGAAGUACAGUAGAAAGUACAGGUGAGGAUUUUAAAGUUGUUGGAGAAACAACCGAGGGCCAUAAAAUAACUGAAGAAGUAACUGAGGAUCGUGGAAAUACCGAAGAAACAUCUAAGGAUCAGAAAAUUUCUGGAGAAACAGCUGAGGGUAGCAAAGUUAUGGAAGAAACAACUGAUGAUUUUAAAAUUGUUGGAGCAGCAACUGAGGAUAAUAAAAUUACUGAAGAAAUGACUAAGGAUCAGAAAAUUAUUAAGGAUUCAACUGAGAAUCGUAAAACUGACAUGGAAACAAUUAUUCGUGAAAAAGAAGAAAUAAGUGAUGAAGCAAAAAAAACUUCAAUGGAAAUUGAAUCAAUUGAUGGUGGUAAAAGUAGCAGAGAAAAUAUUCUUUUAAAAACAGACGCAAGCAUUGAAGAAAAGGUAGCUUCUGCUGCAGAAAAUCAAAUUGACGAUUCUCAAAUCAGUAAAACAGAAAAGGUUUCUUUGGAUAAAAUAGAAAAAACUGUAGAGGAUGCAAUUGAAAAAGAAGAAAUUUCUGCUAGAAAAGAAGUUUCUGUAGAAAAGAUUGCAACUGACGAUGACAAAAUUAGUGAAAAAGAAAAUAUACCGCCUAAAGGAGAUAAGGAAAAAUAUCUGGAUGAAGGAAAAUCUGCUAAAAAAAGGGACGUGUAUGAUAUAACAAAAGAAGAAGACAGAAUUAUUGAAGAUAAAGAAGAAGAGAAGCACCAAGACAAGAAAGAAGAAAUAGCUACAGAAGCACACAAAGUUGAUGAUUAUAAAAUUAAUGAGAAAGAAAUUAUUGCAGAAACGCAAAAACAUGGUGACUAUAAAAUUAGCGAAGAAGAAAGUGUUAAAGAAACUCAAGAAACUGAUGAUCCUACAAUUAACGGGCAAAAAAUUAUUCCGGAAAUGCAAAAUGAAGAAGAAAUUACAUCAAAAACUCAAAAAGACGAUGAGUAUCCAAUCGGUGAGAAAGAAGUUACAGAAACACAAAAAAUUGAUGGUCAUAAAACUAACGGAAAAGAAGUUGUUCCAGAAAUACAAGAGCAUGAUGACCAUAAAAUUAGUGAGAAAGAAGUUAUUAAAGAAGCCGAAGAAAUUGAUGAUCAUAAAAUUAGCGAAAAAGGAAUUAUUCCAGAAAUACAAAAGCGUGAUGACCACAAAAUUGGUGAAAAAGAAGAUAUUAAGGAAACACAAGAAAUUGACGAUCAUAAAAUUGGAGGAAAACAAAUGAUUCCAGAAAUACAAAAGCUUGAUGACGACAAAAUUAGUGAAAAAGGAGAUAUUAAGGAAAUACAGGAAAUUGAUGAUCAUAAAACAGAAGAAAAAGAAAUGAUUCCUGAUACACAAAAGCGUGAUGACCAUAAAAUUAGAGAAAAAGGAGAAAAAGAAAUAAUUCCAGAAAUACAAAAGCGUGAUGACGACAAAAUUAGUGAAAAAGAAGAUAUUAAGGAAAUACAAGAAAUUGACGAUCGUAAAAUUGGAGAAAAAGAAACAAUUCCCGAAAUACAAAAGCGUGAUGACGACAAAAUUAGUGAAAAAGAAGAUAUUAAGGAAAUACAAGGAAUUGACGAUCAUAAAAUUGGAGAAAAAGAAAUGAUUCCAGAAACACAAAAGAUUGAUGACCUAAGCAGUGAAAAAGAAAAUGUUUCAGGAAUCCUAGAAACUGAACAACAACUUGUCGCUAAACAUGAUAUUCCAGAAGUUGAAGAUCAUGAUAUCCGUAAAGAAGAUGCUUCGAAAGUUCCUCAAGUUGCAGAUAGUUUCGUUCAAGAAAAAGACUCUUCGCCAAAAGAGUCUAUUACUGAAAAACAAGACAAUCAGAAAACAAUAGAUGCCCCAACAGAAUUUUCUACGUUUUCUAGUGAAGAUAUAAAAAAAGAAACAACUGAAUCGUCAAAAAUUGACGAACAGACCGAUAAGAAAGAUGGAGUUCUGUCGGAAGUAUUCAAAGCUGUCCAUUCGAUAGUCGACAAAUUUACGAAUGGCAAAGGAUCAGCAAGUUCGAGUACCGAAAAGGAAACUCCAGAUGAAAAGAUCAUGGAAAAAGAAGCACCUCCUUUAUCUCCUGACGAUGAAAGUAAAAAGCAAAUAGAAAUCACGAAUGCUAGCGAAUUAAGCUUACAAACAGCUGAUAAAUCUGUAAAAUUAAAAGAGCAAGAAACAGAUGAUAAAAUAGUUGAAAAAAAAAAUGAAAUCAUUCUCGAUGAUGAUAAAAAAACAGUAACUGAUUCGAAGGAUACAAUGGAAAAGGGUUCGCAAAUUGAUAUCACAGUAGAACCAAAAGCAGCGAAAUCAAAAGAAAACGAAGAAAGCAGCGAAUCGUUAUCCCCUGAAAAAUCUAUCGAAAAAGAAGAAAUCGACGAGCCUUUGAAAGAUGAAUCAGCAUCGCCAGCAAAAGCGGCACUCGAAAAAAUCGAGGAUCGACAAGCUGUUGUACAAGAAUCAUCGGAUAAGGCACUCGAAGGAAGCGUGGAACCAGAGAAAGUUUCGGAUAAUGAAAGGAUAGAUGGCAAACUAGCACGAACUACUGAAAAGGAGAAGCAGUUGCACGAACCGCCAAGUAAAGUGAGCAGUAGUUUUCAGGGAACAGAAUUGCUUCAAACUUCCCGGCAGACAUCCGAGAUGACAGAGGAAGAAAAGUUUGCGUUAGAUUCCAUUAUAUCAGAAACUCCAACAGAUUCUGCGAAAAUAUCCGGCCCCGAAAAGCAGUUGAAGUCAGAGAGCGGGCAAACUGAAUUACAAAAAGUGGAGCAAUUUGUUGAGGAAGAAACUUUCUCCGCGGAGGGAGAUAAAAUUCAGCCAUUUCCACAGGGACAGUCGUACACGGUACCUAAUGUAUCUACAACUGUUUCACAUGCUGAAUCAGAUAAUCAAGAUUUAACCGAGGAGAAAAUUGACAUAACAUCACCUUUGAAGGAAGACACGGUCGAAGAAGAGAAGACGGAUAAACCUGUCGAAGAAGAAUAUGCAGACGUAAGCCUUCCACUUUUUACAAACCUAAUAGAUAGAAUGGACGAUUCCGACGAUAGUGAUUCAUCGAGUGAUAUUUCCAGGAAGACAACACUGACCACCAGACCGUAUCAGACACCACGACAUCACGCGAGGCAAUCUCCCGAGAAAGAGACUGUUCAAGCAAUGCAACGAACUGAAGCGCAAGCUGCCGAAGACGAAGAUAGAGCAACGUUAACAAUUGAAAUGAUGGAAGACGAAGAAACGAAAUUUAAAGAACUGCGUUCUCCUACGAAACUAAUUACGGAAGUGAAAGAUAAAGAAGCUCGAUUAAGAGAAGAAGAUAAAACAUCUACGGAUACAGAAAUGCCUUCUAGUCGCGAGAAAGCAAUAGCUCUGAUUAAUGCAGGAAGUAUGCAGAAGAAUAAGCAAGCAGAGUCAACACAUAGUUCAGAAGUUGGUAAAGAACCUCCAACUAUCCCUAAGCAGACAAAAGAAGAGAAGCUAGGAUCCGAAAGAAAAGGGACCCAUCGAACAGCUAAUAUUAAAAAUGAACCAUCGUCGUAUCCCAAAGUUGCAAGAUCCGAGACUUUCAAAGGUCCCAACAAGAAACCGAAGGAGAUGGAGAGGAAAAGAGUACCUGUGCAAAAGAAGAAAAAGAGUUCCUCGGAGGAAUCUUCCGAAGACAAAGCAACUCAUUCUCGCGAUGUGGCGAGUCAUGCUCGGUAUCGAACGCGCAGAAAGUUCGAGGAGGGGCAGUCGAAGCAAAAAAACGGCGAUCAGACAAAACAGUCGAGAAAAACGGACGGAGAGUCGCGGCAAAAACAUUCGACGCCGCAAUCGAAGGCGGAGAAGGACAAGAAAUCAUCGAGCAGCAGUGAAAAACACUCGACUCUGUCGAAAACCAAGGAGAUCGAUACGAGCAAAGCACAGCCGAAGUACAUGGCAUGGUACAAGAAGAACAGGGAAGAGAUGGAGAAGAAACGAGCUGAGUUGAUGGCGACGGAUGACGAAGAACAGCUUCCUCGGUGGUUACGAAGAAGCAUGAAGAAUCAGAAACCCGCGAAGGAGGAGAAGAAGGUGUCUGGUCAGAAAACUGGAGACACAACUCCGCGAACGAGACGCAAAGUUAAGCCUUUGGUGAACGUCGAGUCGGAACAGUUGAAAGCCAUAGUUCGUCAAGGAAGAAAAUUGAGAAGAGCCGAAGGUGGGAAGAUUGAAGACCCACCUGUACAGAUAUUUGCAUCGAUACCACCUGCUCCGUCGCAAGCAGACCCCAAACAUCGUCUGGUGCAACAUUCUGAAUACAAAUACGAGAAAGUACCCGCGCCAUUUUACCUUCAUCCUCCGCCUGCUCCUCAUCCAUCGCCCCAACUGUCCCCGGAACAUUUUGAAGUUCAGUCGACGGUGGAACGUGGACAUGUCGAUGAAGAAUUCGAUUCUGGAAUAGCUAUAUCGCUACAGGGUGGAAAUAGGUUACGGCAUCAACAGUUGCUAGAGAAGAAAAGUGUAUUCGACAUCGCGUACAGCGAAGCUGCACCUUCGCAGCUUCGGUCUGACAGUACCACACCUCCGUCUUGA